GAAUUGCUCUCUAUAAAUACUGCCAUUUCUCUAUGAAAUUUCUUCACACAUCCUCUUUGCAAUCCAAGCACAAGCCAAGUAUUCUCAUAGAUUUACUACCAAAAUGUCUUGCGGUGGAAAUUGCAACUGUGGAUCCAACUGCAACUGCGGCGGAGGAUGCAAGAUGUAUCCUGAUUUGGAAGAGAAGUCAACCACCUCUCAAACCCUAAUUCUUGGGGUUGCACCCGAGAAGAGUGACUUGGAAGGAUUUGAGAUGGUCACUGCGGCAAAGACCGCUGAGAAUGGAGGCUGCAAGUGUGGAUCCAACUGCGACUGCGACCCUUGCAAUUGUUAAAGUGUCGCUUCGUCGGUGAUAUGGUCGGUGAAAGUUUAAGUUUCCCAUAAUUUAUAUACGAAGGCAUGAAUGUUGUGUGUGUGUGGGAGAUACAUAUAGUGUGGUACGCGUGUAUUGAAUAAAGGGAAAAGAUGGCAGCUAAAUUCUCAAUAUAUAGUAGUGACUGAGGAUGUUGCUGCCUAAUUAUAUGUUAGUGUUGUGUGAUAGAUCGACCAUAUGGAUCCCUUGUGUGUUUUAAUCAUAAUCAAGUUAUAGUAUAUGAACAUAAAUGCAUCCAUAUAUGCUUGAAUAUUUA